GCGGGCCUCCAGGCCGUCGGUGUAGGCAGCAAUGCCCAUCUCAUCUUUGUGCGCGGAGGCAGACGUCAUCAGAAAGGUGGACGGGCACUAUGUACACGGCCCUAGGUUUGCUAGAGGGAGCUGUACUGUCUCAGUAACCUGGUUUUGCCAUCAAAGGCGGAGGGGACAGGUGGUGACGAGCUGAUUGGGCUGGUUAACCCUUCGGUGCGAGAAUUUUUAGACCAAGAACCCUAAGUGCAACGAGGGAGAAAGCGAGGAACCGACUGGGAAGGACAGCAACGAGAGCGUGUACGAAGCGGAGCGGGUCGAGUUUGGUCGUGCUAGGACUGGCCGCAGCGGCACCGGAGCAGCGGCACCGGAGCAGCGGAACCGGAGCAGGCGGACGGCAUCGAACCGUGGCGCACGGACAAACAUCUCUUGUAUUGUCAAUUAUUUUUCCGUUUUUUUCCUGAAUACAGGUGUUGGGUGUGUGUGAUGACGUCACUGGUUUUGUAGAGAGACGCGGCAGAGAUGGCGCGGAUAACCCGGGUGCCUUAAUUGUGUACCUGCAUCGUGGAAGACCCCUUCGAUGUGGAACGAUUCAUAGUCAGUGUCGAUGUUGACACUGCUGUGCCUAACACAGAUGAUCUGGAUAGAUUCGGGUGAUUGUCAAUUGUAAUGAUGGCUUUGGUUGGGCGUUCUUCUUCAUUGCAUGUCCACGGACACAUUCUGACAGCACUUCAGACAGCAGCUCCAUGCCCCGAGCUUGUGUACCAUGCACCAUGAUGUUAUUAUUGUACAGACAGCACUUCAGACAGCAGUACGCAGUAGUCGACAUUCAUUUUGGUUAAAUGCGGGACAAGGGAGGAGGUGAUGUUGCUGCUGUAGUCGAUUUGUAGUGUGUGGGCGUGUAGUUCAGUUGUGAGCACGCAAACGUGCUGCAGGGAUUGCAGGUGUACCUCCUCGGGCUUGCGUACCCUUUCCUUGCUAAUAGUGUGUGUGUUAUUUAGAUCUUCUGAUGGCUCUAGCAUUUUUGUGACCACGGACCGAGUCUUUGCUAGAUUUUGGGAUUAGCAACUGACACGAGUUUAAUGUGAAGAAAAACAACAACAACAACAAGUCUCUGUCCGCAUGGCCGAGCUGCUAUUACGGAAAUACUGCUGUAGACUACAUAUGUCAAUAUUGCGCACAAACAGUUGGAUGUUAGACUGCGGUGUGCCUAAUGAUCAGUAUUGUUCCACCGGAAACUAUGCUGCGCUUGUACACAGCCUUUCAACGGUCGCCCCGGUGGUCUAGUUGGUAUCCUCGAAACCUUUCAGAGGUCAGGUCACGGGUUCAAAUCCCGGCGUAAGCGAGCUUUUUUUGCAAAGUGAGUUUUUCUCUCGCUUCCGCUCCUGGCCUAGUGGAUAGCGCUAGUUCGUGUGUACCCAGAGGGAAGAGAGUGCUGAACUCUUCUCGCAUCAAAAAUCGAACGCAGCGUACCGCAGGAGGGGAGGGUGGAGAGGGCCCUUCUGUUUGACCACGGGUUGGAGUAACGGCACUAUUAGUGCUGUGAGCGCUGAUUGGAAGUGAAGACGAAAAAAGGCUCCACAGCUGCCCUCAGUGUCGCUUCUACGUUUACACGAAGAUGUCCUAAUAAUAAGCACACACUCGUGAGAGCCCAGCUCAAAAAGUCAGCCCGCACCCGCUACCCAAACACGCUGGCUGCUUGUUCCCCCUGACGCGGCGCGUCUUUCCUCUCCUCCUCCCACCCACCCUGGUCCGGUGAGAGCCCGGCGUGCUCCAUCCCGGCUUUGUAGGUAUGCGAGGUCAAUGGUUUAACGACUACGGCAUGCACGACUAUGAGUAUGAGUGUGAGUACACCCACCCACCCGUCCGCUCCUUGUACAGGAAGCUGCUAUGAACAUCGAGGCUUUCUUGGCGGCCCAGCUCUGGCUUCACCCGCUCCCUGCUCAAGCUUGGCCCACCUGGACUACGACACCAGAAGAAGCAGCCGCAAGACGUGGAGCGCGUGACCCUGACCGGAAAACCACUACCGCCGGCACCGUCGUCAAUGUUCGCGACGGUGGUCUCGAGGGCAGCGGGACCGUUGUUCUCCUGCCUCGAGCCAGGUGUUGCUUCGUCCUCGAAAACCGCCCGUCCACCACAGCAGUAGCGGGCGUCAGAAAUCGCAGCAGCAGCAGCA